CUUUCCAGCUUCUGGGCUGUGCACGGCCCCAGUCUCGGCUCCGGGGCGUGUGUGUUCGGGGCAGGGGGCUUCCCCCUUCUCUCAUGGCUCCGCUGCCCCGUGGGGUGAGCCCCUGGCCGAGCCGGCGAGCCGCCCCUUCCCCGCGGCGGGGGCUCUGGGCUGACUGAGGGGACCCCCCCCCCAGAGCAGGGCGCUGCCGGAGGAUGCUCUGACCGGGACGCACACGCCGGCCCCAGGCAGCGGGGUCCCCCCGGGCUGCGGGGCGAUGAGCGCCGGGCUGGACCGCCUGUCCGUGACCUCCUCCGGCUCCAGCUCGCCGGGCCCGGCGGCGGCGGGGGCGGGCAGCCGGCUGCUCUCGGCCAACGUGCGGAAGCUGCACCGUGCCCUGACCCUGCUGCUGAGCGAGCCCGAGCGGGAGCAGUUCAUCCACUGCCUGAACGUCUACCACGCCCGCCGCAACGUCUUCGACCUGGUGCAGACCCUCCGGGUGCUGCUGGACAGCCCGGGCAAGCGGCAGCUGCUGCCCAUGCUGCGCCUGGUCAUCCCCCGCUCCGACCAGCUGCUCUUCGACCAGUACACCUCGGAGGGGCUCUGCCUGAAGUCCGGCUUCCUGCCCGGCUGCAGCGCCGGGGGCGCCCCCCUGGCUGCGCCGCCGCCGCCCGCGGCUUCUGGCUGGCCCCCGCCCGCCCCUCUGCCCCUUCCCCGGAGAGCCGGGCCGGACUUCAGCACCGCCGCCGACGGGACAGCUCCCCUGGCGGGCCCCGCCUCGGAGGAGCCGCGCGGGGCGGUGCGGCAGGUGAGCCUGAAGAGGAACAAGACCCACGAAGGAUUGGGCUUCAGCAUCCGCGGGGGCGCGGAGCAUGGGGUGGGCAUCUACGUCUCCCUGGUGGAGCCGGGCUCCCUGGCAGAGAAAGAAGGGCUCCGGGUCGGGGACCAGAUCCUGAGCGUCAAUGACAAGUCGCUGGACAGGGUGACCCACGCCGAAGCUGUCAAGGCUCUGAAAGGCUCCAAGAAGCUGAACCUGUCGGUGCAUUCGGUUGGGCGGAUCCCUGGGGGCUAUGUCACCAAUCACAUUUACACCUGGGUGGAUCCCCAGGGGCGGAGCGCAUCCCCACCCAUGGGCCUGCCCCAGCACCAGAGCAGCUCCCUGCGGAAGGACGGUGAGAAGAGGAGUCACCUUCAGCUUCUGCAAGAGGGGGAUGAGAAAAAGGUGAACCUGGUGCUGAACGAAGGGAAGUCCUUGGGCCUCAUGAUCCGAGGAGGAGCAGAAUAUGCGCUAGGCAUUUACAUCACCGGGGUGGAUAAGGGCUCGGAAGCGGAAAGCACCGGCCUGAAGGUGGGAGAUCAGAUCCUGGAGGUGAACGGCAGAAGCUUCCUCAGCAUCCCCCACGACGAGGCGGUGAAGUUGCUGAAGUCGUCGCGACACCUCAUCAUGACUGUGAAGGACAUCGGAAGGCUGCCCCACGCCCGCACCACGGUGGAUGAGACCCAAUGGAUAGCGAGCUCCCAGAUCGGAGAGACCCCGGUGAACACAGCAGGGGCAGCUGGUGAUCACACAGCAGAGGCAACGGCAAAGCCUGUGUUUUACAGGGGCCUGGCUGGCUCCCAGGUGACGCUGAGCAGCCUGGUGAACCAGACCCGCGUCAUGCUAGAGGAGCAAGCUCGCCACCUUCUGAACGAACAGGAACGGGCGACCAUGGCCUACUACCUGGACGAGUACAAGGAGACCAACAUCUCCGUUGACUCCCUCGUGAUGGCGCUCUUCGAGCUACUCAACACGCACGCCAAGUUCUCGCUGCUAUCUGAGGUGAGGGGCGUGAUAGCCCCCCAGGACCUCGAUCGCUUCAAUAACCUGGUUCUGAAGCGGGAGAUCGAGUCCAUGAAGGCCCGGCAGCCCUCGGUGCCCAGUGCGGACUCCUACUCCAUGACGUCCUACAGCGACACCAGCUCCUCCACUAGCAGCCACUUCACCUCCACCACGGUCAGCUCGGCUCGGGAGCGGCUCUUGUGGCUAAUAGACCUGAUGGAGAACACCGCAGACCUGGAGGGAAGUGGAGAGGGACUCCAGAGCAGUAUUAAUGCCCUGCCGGACAUCUCCCUGGACGAUGUUUCGUCUUUCCCUGAGGAACCGCCUGGCUUUAAGCCCCCACCUCCUUCUCCGGCUCAAACGCUGGACUCCUCCACUGCCCAGCUCCGAAAGACAGCGAAAGACACACCCCAGCGCCCUUCCUCUGAAUCCUCCCACUCAGGCCUCUUCUUCGUGGCCCCUCCCAGCCCCAUCCCGCCUCCCAGCCACCCUGAUAAGGACACAGCCAGCGUGACUUCCACCUCGGCCUCUGCGUCCACUGCGGAUUCUGCCUCGAGCACCGUCUACGCCGCCGUUUCCCCGGCCACUCUCAGCUCCAGGAGGCAGCUGGGUGCCCACCUGUCCUUGGUCAACCAGCACCCGAUAGGCCCCUUCCCCAGAGUUCAGUCUCCAACCAGACUGAAGAGCCCAUCUCCUGAGAGCACCCCAGCCAGUAGCCUCCCAGCACCCGCCUCUCGGUCCCCUCCCCAUCCCUCGUCGCACCCAGAGCCAGACAAAGGCAGCCCACAGUCAGCAAUCAACCAGCACUUUAUCAUGGUGGAGGUGCAUCGGCCCAACAGCGAGCCGGACGUGAACGAAGUGAGAUCCUUGCCCCAAGCCCGAGCCUCCACGCUCUCCCAGCUGUCGGACAGCGGGCAGACCCUCAGCGAGGACAGCGGGGUGGACAUCGGCGAAGUGGAGCUGAGCGGCAGGGACAAGAACCGGCAGCAGAUCCCUGGGAAAAGCCGAAGCGCCAAGGAGGCACCGAGAAGUGAUGGGCCAGCAGAGGCAGCCUCCAAACCGCCUGGUCUUCUGGAGCCCACAUCAUGCCUGAUUCGAGUGGCGAAGAGCGCGCCAACCCUGGGGAUCGCCAUCGAGGGCGGCGCCAACACCCGGCAGCCUCUGCCCCGGAUAGUCACCAUACAGCGAGGAGGAUCUGCCCACAACUGCGGGAAGCUGAAGGUGGGGCACGUGCUCCUGGAGGUGAAUGGCACGACGCUGCGGGGAAAGGAGCACCGGGAAGCCGCGCGUGUCAUCGCCGAGGCCUUUAAAACAAAAGAGAAGGAUCACAUCGAUUUCCUGGUCACCGAGUUCAACGUCGCACUUUAGGGGGCUCGGCAGCCCCCGAGCCAAACGGACAGAAGAGCGAGGGAGCUGGAUCGGACAGGGCUUCGGGCGGAUCGGCAUGCGGGUUAACACGUGCACCCAUACGCCCCAGCACAGAAGCCACCCUCCAUGGCAGAGCUGGCACUGUCCCCUGCCCAGCGUAUGCCCACUCACACACACGCACAAACACAUGUUCCAGGCACAGAACAUGGGCGGCCAGCCCCGGGCUGCCCCAGGCAGGUGCUUCGCGGUGCUCUGCUUCUGGGGCUGACAGCAGCGGUGCCGGUGAUGGGCCCCAGGGCUGAGAAGGACUGCAGGAGAGUGUGGGGGCAAAGGGAGGGAGGGGCGAGGAAGCAACGGAAAGUGUGGGAGAGAGGAGAAUCCUGACUCCGGCUGAUCCCUGCAUCUCCUGCCUGGGCAUUUACUCUGGGCACUGCCCUGCCUCUGUCUCUCUUCAGUGGUUCAGAUUCAUUUCCCAGUUUAAGCCAUAUUCCAGAUGGUCUUUCCCUGCACCUCCUCCUAGAUGUGGGGGUAGGGAAGCCAGCCACAUCCUUGAGAGCUCACCCCCCACCCUGCCCCUUCCCCCACCGCCCCACCAGCAUCUCUCUCCCCUCUGUUAUUCUGCCUUCCUCCGCACAGAGAAUCCCUCCAUGCCUGGGAGAUCGGAUGGGGUCAAGGGGUGCGGGCCAUAGGUGCAGGGUGCCCCGCCGUGCAGUAAUGUUAGUGCAACAUGUGCUGUGCAGGGGACUCCACGGCUGCUAAUGGCAUAGUGAAGUGGGAGUGGGGAGAACGGGGGAGAGAUUUCUUUGGUGAUCACUGGUUUAAUGUCUUCUCUCGGGGGCUUGUCCGCUGGGGGCUGGGUGGCAGGCAUGUGGCACAGGGCCCCAUCAAGGCUCCAGGCCCCGUGUCCCAGCGUGUACAGCCAGGAAUGGAUGCCUUGUAAAUUGCCAGCAGUGUCAGUGUAUUUAUAUCUACAGAGCUUGUGCUUUUAAUUUUUCAAUAAAUCUAACGGGUUCGA